AGGGCCGUCGCCGGCGCCGCAGGAACUUCUCGAGGGAGAAUAAGUCCUUGGGGGUCUAGUUCCAGUAUGCCAUCAGCAGGACACUCAUCACAAAGGUUGAUGAAUUAUCCAGCCUGCCUGUGCUGCUAGAAGAACGGGAAACAGAUGUAAACAAAGUGCCAGCAGAAAUUUAUCUGUGAUUUUUGUACUCGAUAGCAUUCCUCAGAUUCUUUCCACAUCUUCUCUUAAAGCAAAAAAAAAAAAAAAAAACUGCACUUAAAUUAGAAAAAUGAAGCAGUUGAAAAGAAAAAGAAAAAGCAAUUUUAGUGUUCAGGAAACUCAGACUCUCUUGAAAGAAAUUACGAAAAGGAAAGAAGUCAUUUUUUCCAAGCAACUCAAUACAACAAUUAAUGUGAUGAAACGAAUGGCCUGGGAGGAGAUUGCGCAGUGUGUGAAUGCAGUAGGUGAAGGGGAGCAGAGGACCGGGACAGAAGUGAAAAGGAGAUACCUGGACUGGCGUGCCCUGAUGAAGAGAAAGAGGAUGAAGGCAAACAUUAAGCUAGUUGGUUCAGGGUUUCCCCUUCCCACGUCCGAUUUAGAUGACUCUCUCACGGAAGACAUAGAUGAAAAGAUCGCCUUUCGAAAUGAUGCGAAUUUUGAUUGGCAGAAUGUGGCAGAUUUCAGGGAUGCAAGUGGAUCCUUAACAGAGGUCAAAGUUGAAGAAGAAGAAAGAGAUCCCCAGAGUCCUGAAUUCGAGAUCGAGGAAGAGGAAGAAAUGCUCUCAGCAGUCAUCCCAGAUUCCCGGCGAGAACCCGAGCUGCCCGACUUCCCCCACAUCGAUGAGUUCUUCACGCUCAACUCCACGCCCUCCCGCUCGGCCUACGAUGAGCCACACCUGCUGGUCAGCAUCGAGAAGCAGAAACUGGAGCUGGAGAAGCGGCGGCUGGACAUCGAGGCCGAGCGGCUGCAGGUGGAGAAGGAGCGGCUGCAGAUAGAGAAGGAGCGGCUGCGCCACCUGGACCUGGAGCAUGAGCGCCUGCAGCUGGCCAAGGAGCGGCUGCAGAUCGAGCGGGAGAAGCUGCGGCUGCAGCUUCUGGGGGCCGAGAAGCCGCUGGUCGAGAGCGAGCCGGGCCUGGGGGACAAGGCGCCGCUCCCGCCGCAGGACGUGGAAGCCGAGAAGCUGAGGCUGGAGCGCGAGCGCCUGCAGCUGGAGAAGGAGCGGCUGCAGUUCCUGAAAUUCGAGUCGGAGAAGCUGCAGAUCGAGAAGGAGCGCUUGCAAGUGGAGAAGGAGAGACUCCGCAUUCAGAAGGAGGGACACUUGCAGUGACCCGGCCAGGCGCCAGGGAGCCAGUGUUCGCUAGCCAGCCAGCCAGCCAGUCAGCCAGCCAGCCAGGCUUUGCUCAGUGUCUGAUUAGAUAAAAGCCAGGCACAGGAUUAGCUUUUUAUUUUGAUUUUAUUUCCCUCCCCAGUCUCUGUCUAAUGUCAGUGUGUUCAGUAGGAGAAAGGUAGUUCUAAGUGGGUAACUGUAUACAUAAGGAACAUACUACGUAAAACUGUGCCCUGGCACAAACGGUAUAGCAGAAUCUAUUGUUCUAUACUCUUUAAAUGAGUAAUAUUACGGUCUUGUGUAUCCCGUGCACUCAGAGUUUACAGUGAUUUUAAAAAAUUGCUCACUGUUUCUGAACUUAACCCCAGAAAACAGUGGCCAGUGUCUGGAGACAUUUUUGUUGGUCAAAACUGGGAAGUGGGUGAGUGGCUGCUGGCACACAGUGGGGAGAGGGCAGGAAUGCACCCACUCAGUGCACAGGACAGCCCCACAACAAAGAAUUCCCCAACCCAAAACGUCAGCACUACUGACGCACAGAGCCUUAGCCUGGCUACACCUCCAUAGCUCUGCUUUCUAAUUUCAGGAUAUUUAAACCUCAGAUGUUUAUAAAGAGAGUUGUUAUGUACAUGGCCAAAAAAUUAACUAGGAAACAUUACAUUGUAGCAAGUAAUAUAGAAAGUGGUGAAGAUGAUUGGUAUUUUAUUCCAGUGUGUCCACUAACAAGAUUCAGGAAACUGCUGGAAAUGUCACACUGUCUGAAAUGGAUUGUUUUGCAGAGCAGUUCGUUUAGCUAGUAAAUCUUUGGAAGCAGUGUGCAAGUUUUAAGCUUUAGUUCCCUGUCUUUGAAUCCAUCAUUUUAGUUUAGACAAAAAUUUUCAUUUCAGCCAUGUACUGAAAUAUUCUUUAAGUGCAUGGUUAAAACUAGCAAAAAUGGUACCACUAUAAACAGGGCACUGAUAGUUCAGGAGCUUGAACAAGAGUGGUUAUUUGAUUUUUAAAACAAGUAGUAGCUGUGUGGGAGUGGGGUGGGGGUAGAAUGUUGCUCUGUAUCCGAUGAUGAGGAACUAAUGAUCGUAGUUGUGUAUUAUGAAUUAGGGAAGCACUUAUCACACUAUCUGUCCUAAUCUGUAGAGCAGUUCUUGAGAGUAGUAGCUCUUAGGAGUCUCAAGUCUGAGGCUCAAUGAAGUCACGCAAUUAGUAAAUGGCCGAUCUCAUAUAUCUUGAUUGAUUUGUCUUUGCCCCUCCUUGAGAAAGUUUUAAUUUUCUAUCCCUUUGGCAUUUGUUUUGAGACAAAGGGCUUGCUGAAUCUGUUGAUUUGCCUUCAGUCCCUGGAAGGAGCUUUGCCCACAAUUCAGGGGAUUCUCAAGCAUACUAAAGACUCACUGCACAAGAUCACUUUCUGUCUUCUGAUUUCCAGGGCUGAUAACGUAGCUUUAAUACAUCAAUUGAUCGAUACUACCUUGAUUCCACAUUUGUUUGUUUUUGAUCUUAAAAUAUCUUAAAUCCAUAUAUGAUAUUUGAGUAUGGGCAUACAAGGAAAAAAAUAUACUUCUGCUUAGUUACCUUGAAUACCUUGAAUAGUGUUAUUUUUCUAUAACUGAAAUAAAUGCUUCUACUGUAGAAAUAAAAAAAAAA